AAUCUAUCAUCAUCACCUCGUAUAUAUACGCCUAUUAGAAAAAGUUACAAACUUUGACAGCAGAGAUUGGAGAAGAGAGAAACUGAGCGGCGGAAGAGAAUAUGCAGAUCUUCGUGAAAACCCUAACCGGCAAGACUAUCACCCUUGAGGUGGAGUCAAGCGACACUAUCGAUAACGUCAAAGCUAAGAUUCAGGACAAAGAAGGAAUUCCCCCGGACCAGCAGAGGUUGAUCUUCGCCGGAAAACAGUUGGAAGAUGGCCGUACCCUUGCUGACUACAACAUCCAGAAAGAGUCAACAUUGCAUCUUGUUUUGAGGCUUCGUGGUGGAAUCAUUGAGCCUUCUUUGAUGGCAUUGGCUAGGAAAUACAAUCAGGAUAAGACUAUCUGCCGCAAGUGCUAUGCACGUUUACACCCUCGUGCUGUCAACUGCAGGAAAAAGAAGUGCGGACACAGCAACCAGUUGAGGCCAAAGAAGAAGAUCAAGUAGACUGUUUUGUUUGCUGGAAGGUUUUUUGUUGUCAUUACUGGAAAAUGCCCUUUGAUAAUUAGCUUCAUAGUAUGAAUUCUGUUGGAAGUUGAACUUGCAGUUUUGUCAAUGAUUUUGUUUUGGAUUGAGACAUGUUAAAUCAAUUAUGCUACUCUUAUAUGUGAUGACAUAAUUUUGUUGCUUUUUA